AAAAAAUCCAAAUAAACAAACCCUUUGAACUGCAUGAAAAAUUUAUGGUCAAAUAAAAUUAAUAAAAUUUAUAUAAAAAAAGUAAUGUUCCCGAUACAAUCGCUAAAUGGCCAAGACCGGCACGAUUAUAUCCUUAAAAACUUCAUCCUCAAUAAAGCUGCAUCACAAAAUAGUAAACACAAACGUGACAUCGAUGUCAUUCGUGAAAAUCACAAAUUCCUAUGGGAAGACGAAGAUGUUCCCGAUUCUUGGGAAUCUCGGCUAGCCAAAAAAUACUACGACAAACUAUUCAAAGAAUAUUGCAUUUCCGAUUUAACUAGAUACAAGGAAAAUAAGAUUGCUCUCAGAUGGCGAACCGAACAGGAAGUUGUCUCCGGGAAAGGUCAAUUUAUAUGUGGAAGUCGAAAGUGUCCAUCGAAAGAGACCCUACGUAGUUGGGAAGUGAAUUUUGCAUACAUGGAAAAAGGACAGAAAAUGAAUGCUCUUAUUAAAUUGCGACUCUGUCCGGAUUGUUCUAAACUCCUUAACUACACUCAUCAAAAACGUGAAGUGAAAAAACAAAAAAGAUUGGAAAAAUCCAAACACAAGAUAUCGAAACGAAAGAAGAGCAAAAACGAUAAUGAUGAUGAAGAAGUUGAAGAUGUUGAAAAGUCACAAAGUGAGACAGUUGAAGAAGAAGAACCUUCAUCGUCGACAACUCUACAGGAUGAAAGUUGUUCUGGAAAUACUGAAAGUCGUCAAGAAGAGGCAAUGAAUAUUUGGAGCAAACCGGAAGUAGAAAUUGAAACUGUUGAACGUGAAGAAGAGUUUGAAAAAUAUUUAGAGGAUUUGUUGUUGUAGUUAAAUUUAUAAAAAUUAAUCACAUAAAUAAAUUAAUUAAUUAAAUGAAAACAG